AUGCAGAGCUCGCGAGUCGAAAUACUCAACGAAGGCGGAUUUCGCUCGGACGGACGGCGACAGUAUGAGUUGCGCGAUAUCACCAUAGAUCUGUCCCAGCAGGGCACAGCAGACGGAUCUGCCAUUAUUACCCAUGGCCUGACUCAGGUUCUCGUAUCAGUAUUUGGGCCGCGAGAGGCCAAGAUGCGGUCGCAAACCUUGUACGACAGGGCCAACAUCAAUGUCGAAGUCAGCAUCGCCUCCUUCAGCACGGGGGAACGCAGGAAACGCUCUCGCGGUGACAAACGAAUACUUGAGAUGGCGGCGACCAUCAAGUCGACAUUCGAGCCUGUCGUGCAGACAAAUCUUUACCCACGCUCGCAGAUCGAUAUCUUUGUGCAGGUUCUACAGCAGGAUGGGGGUCUACUACAGGCCUGUAUCAAUGCCACGACACUUGCUCUUGCUAGCGCUGGCAUCGCGUUGCUCGAUUUUGUCUGCGCUGUGACGGGCGGCGUGCAUUCGACAUCGCCUAUGCUCGAUCUCACGACGCUUGAAGAAAACGACAUCCCUCACGUCACCGUUGCAGUCAUGCCGCGGACAGGCAAGGUGACGCUCACCACAAUGGAGACGCGGCUCCAUGUUGAUCGCUUCGAAGAAAUUUUCAAGUUGGCGUGCGAAGCGGGCAAGGUUUUUCAUGGAGAGAUGCGAGCUGCCAUACGGUCACGGACCGGUAUGCUGAUCUCGGCGAUGCAGUCAGCUACACAAAAUGUCGGGGAGAAGGAAGAUGAGCAGAUGUACGAGUAUUGA